AUGCCUCGAACAUCUCCAGCAAGGUUAAUACCAUUCGUCCUCUCUGAAAAGCCUGCAGGCACAAAGAAAUAUUCACAAGGUCACUACCUCGUCCCAGACACAAACGCUCUCCUAAACGCCCUCGACCUCUUCGAGAACACCGCCGCAUUCUACGAUGUGAUUAUCCUCCAGACCGUGCUGGAAGAGCUACGCAAUCGCUCGCUACCGCUAUACAACCGCCUAAUCGGCCUCACACGCAGUGAGGAAAAGCGCUUCUACGUCUUCUUCAAUGAUUUCAGACUAGAGACCUACGUGGUACGGGACGCGGGGGAGAGCAUCAAUGACAGGAAUGACCGCGCGGUGCGGAGGGCCGUGAAGUGGUACAGCGAGCAUCUCGCACAGGCUGUCAAGGCCGCGGGUGGAAGUUCGAAGAAAGUCCCCGCCGUGGUCAUGCUGAGUGAUGAUAAGGAGAAUUUGCAGAAGGCGAAGAAAGAUGGUGUGGAGGCUUGCUCGCUGGGCGACUAUGUUGCGGGCUUGGAGCAUGCGGACAAGUUGCUUGAUAUGCUUACGACGGUUAAGGAGGAGAGGGAUAUGAGGGAGGCGAGGGCGGCGGAGGCGCUUUAUCAGGAGUAUUUCUCGGUUUCAAAGAUGAUGACGGGAGUUAAGAAUGGGACGCUGCAUCAGGGAUCGUUUAAUGUCUCGCCGUAUAAUUACCUAGAGGGCUCGGUACACGUCCCUGCAUUUGAUAAGUCGCUGUUGGUUUUGGGGAGGGAGAACAUCAAUAGGGCGAUUCAGGGCGAUAUCGUGGUUGUCGAGGUGCUGCCGAAGGAUCAGUGGCAGGAACCGUCGACGAAGAUUAUUGAGGAGGAAUCUAUGAAUAAGGAUGAAAAUCCUGAUGCUGACGAUGGCGAGGCUGUUGUUACGGAGAGGGAGAAGAGGGCGCUGCAGGAGGAGGUCAAGAAGGUGCAUAGCAAAAGCUCAGAAGGCCGGCCACAACCUACGGCUAAGGUUGUCGGGGUUGUCAAGCGGAAUUGGAGACAGUAUGUUGGACAUGUGGAUGAAUCGUCAGUCAGCCAGUCGGCGAAGGAGAGCCGGAAACAACAAACGGUGUUCUUAAUACCCAUGGAUAAACGGAUACCGAAGAUUCGCAUCAGGACCAGACAGGCUGGCGAGAUCGUUGGGAAGCGUGUUCUGGUCACUGUUGAUUCCUGGGAUAGGGAUUCGCGGCAUCCUGUCGGCCAUUUCGUCCGGUCACUGGGCGAUCUCGAAACCAAAGGUGCCGAGACCGAAGCUCUACUACUCGAAUACGAUGUUCAGUAUCGGCCGUUUCCCAAAACCGUGCUGGACUGCUUACCAAAGGAAGGCCAUGACUGGAAAGUCCCCGCCAGCACGGAAGAUCCUGGCUGGAGAGGGCGACGAGAUCUCCGAGAGCUUAAUAUAUGCAGUAUUGACCCUAUUGGGUGUCAGGAUAUCGACGACGCUUUGCAUGCUAGGCCGCUCCCCAAUGGGAAUUUCGAGGUUGGUGUUCAUAUCGCAGAUGUGUCACAUUUCGUCAAGCCCCAGAAUGCAAUGGAUGCAGAAGCCGGAAUACGAGGCACAACCGUUUAUCUUGUGGACAAGCGUAUCGAUAUGUUACCGCCGCUUCUCGGUACGAAUCUUUGCUCUUUGAUGCCAUAUGUGGAGCGCUAUGCAUUUUCUGCUAUAUGGGAGAUUACUCCUGAUGCCGACAUUGUCAAGUCGAAUUUCACAAAAUCGGUCAUUAAAUCCCGAGAAGCUUUCAGCUACGAAGAGGCCCAACUCCGAGUCGAUGAUCCUUCUCAAAAAGAUGAGCUGACGCAAGGUAUGCGGACUCUGCUUAUGCUUUCGAAGAAGCUCAAGCAGAAGCGUAUGGACGCUGGAGCCUUGAGCCUUUCGUCCCCUGAAGUCAGGGUCGAGAUGGAAUCAGAAACUUCAGAUCCUAUCGAUAUCAAGACGAAAAAGCAUCUCGAUACCAUGUCCUUGGUUGAGGAAUUCAUGUUGCUCGCCAAUGUCAGCGUCGCUGCCAAAAUCUACGAGGCCUUCCCUCAAACCGCCAUGCUCCGCCGCCACGGCGCCCCUCCCAAGAGCAACUUCGAAGAACUCGCCAACCAGCUCAAAGUCAAGAAGGGGCUGGAAUUGAAAGUAUCAUCCUCAAGAGAGCUCGCCGACUCACUAGACGCCUGUGUCGAUGACAAAGAGCCGUUUUUCAACACCCUCGUCCGUAUCAUGGCAACACGCUGCAUGAUGUCUGCUGCAUAUUUCUGCUCGGGCACACAAGCAUACCCUAAAUUCCGCCAUUAUGGUCUAGCCUCCGAGAUCUACACGCACUUCACCUCCCCUAUCCGUCGCUACGCCGACCUAGUCGCCCAUCGCCAACUCGCCGCAGCUAUCGAUUACGAGCCGCUCGACGCCAGCGUACGCAGCAAAGGCAAGCUCGAAGCCGUAUGCAAAAACAUCAACAUCCGCCACCGCAACGCCCAACAAGCCGGCCGCGCAUCCAUUGAGUACUACGUCGGCCAAGCGCUCAAAGGCCGUGUAGUAGACGAGGAAGGCUUCGUGAUGAAAGUCUUCUCCAACGGCUUCGUGGUCUUCGUUCCCAAAUUCGGGAUUGAGAGUUUAAUCCGACUGCGCGAUCUGGCGACGCCGGAACCGGAGAGCGUGUUUGAUGCGGAGAAUUAUAUUCUGAAGACGAGUGGGAGCAGGGAGGUGCAGGUUAGCCUUUUUGAGAAGGUUGUGGUUAGGAUUUGUGAUGUUGUGGAGGAGAAGACGGGGAAGAGGAAGGUUAAGUUGGAGUUGAUUGAUCCUGCUCCUGCUGCUACUGCUGCUGGAAACGGGGAAAAGGGGAAGAAAUCGAAAUGA